AUGUGUGUUCAAAUCGUCUUUAGGGUCAUUUUAUGUCGAUAUCCAUAUACUUUGUGGACACGUGUUGGUAACAGUUCCGGUUCCCGGUCAUUCUAUCCCCACACCUGUAGGUUAAUCGAUCCUUCCAGUUUUUUCCUUCCAUCGCUUCUUAUCCAAACCUUCCGUUCUCUUUCUUCCCUUCCUCUGGUAACGUUCAUCGCCACUGGUGUUGGUGGUGCUACGGUGUGGGUUGCCGGCGGCGCUGACCGGAGGCGUUGUGGCCUUCAGGUGUCGCAAAUCGAUUGCGUCACAGAGUCGUCAGUAUCAACCGCAGCCACCGACUACUCAGCAUCGCCUCCACCUUUACCGACACAUCGUCAUCACCUUUCGCCACCGACUCACCGACGGGACGAUGCAGAUGACCAUGGAACGGGUUCCGAUUUAGGUUCUGACGACGGGACUGGGAGCUUUUACCACUACCACCACAGAUUGGUACUGUCGAUGACUUCAUACUACGACUACUGGGACGGAUCUGCUGCAGAAGGUAUCAAUUUUCUCCAAACUAACAUCCACUCUCUAUGA